AUGACAGUUCUCCGCAGAGUGCUCCGAAGGCGGCUGCACCCACUGAAACUGGUUUUAGUGGCCCUUGUCUUUGUCACAUUUGUAUUAUUCAUACAAUGGGAAGUGGGGAGCCAAAGUCCUGAGGAGGACCCUUGGCUGAAAGAGAUUGCAGUGAAGCGGGAUGCCAUGCUGGGCAUGGUGAUGGGAGCAGUCAAUAACUUCAGGGAUGUAAUGCCAAAGAUGCAGAUCAAAGCUCCUGUACGUCAGCAGGACAAUGCAGACAGCAUGUCCUGUCUGCCGGGUCAUUACACUGCUGCUGAGCUCAGGCCAGCCCUGGAGCGACCACCUCAGAACCCUGUUGCUCCUGGAGCUGCUGGGAAGCCCUUCAACACAGACUCACUGAGCCCUGCAGAGCAGAAGGAAAAGGAAAAGGGUGAAGAGAAACACUGCUUUAACCUCUACGCCAGCGACCGCAUCUCCUUGAGCAGAGACCUGGGUGCAGACACGAGACCACCAGAAUGCAUUGAGCAAACCUUCAGGCGAUGCCCCCCCUUGCCGACCACCAGCGUGAUAAUUGUGUUUCACAAUGAAGCUUGGAGCACUCUGCUAAGGACAGUAUACAGUGUCCUCCACACCUCCCCUGCCAUUCUCCUCAAGGAGAUCAUCCUUGUGGACGACGCCAGCGUGGACGAUGUGUUAAAGGAUGAGUUGGAUGAGUAUUUGAAGCAGCUGAGCAUUGUGCGAGUUGUCCGCCAACGAGAAAGGAAAGGACUUAUCACUGCUCGGCUGCUGGGUGCCUCUGUAGCCACUGGUGACACGCUCACCUUUCUAGAUGCCCACUGUGAAUGUUUUAAUGGAUGGCUGGAACCUCUGCUGGCCAGGAUAGCAGAGAACUCCACUGUAGUAGUCAGUCCUGAUAUAACUACUAUUGAUCUCAAUACCUUUGAGUUCAUGAAACCUUCCCCAUAUGGCCAGAACCACAACCGGGGCAACUUUGACUGGGGCCUGGCAUUUGGCUGGGAGAGUCUCCCAGAUCAUGAGAAAAAAAGGAGGAGGGACGAAACAUACCCUAUCAAGACUCCCACCUUUGCUGGUGGGCUCUUCUCCAUCUCAAAGGAAUAUUUCUACCAUAUUGGAAGCUAUGAUGAAGAAAUGCUAAUCUGGGGCGGUGAGAAUAUUGAAAUGUCUUUCAGGGUGUGGCAGUGCGGUGGACAGCUGGAGAUAAUCCCUUGCUCUAUUGUGGGCCAUGUUUUCCGCACUAAGAGCCCCCACACCUUCCCCAAGGGCACGCAAGUGAUUGCUCGUAACCAGGUACGGCUGGCUGAGGUCUGGAUGGACGACUACAAGGAGAUCUUCUACCGUCGUAAUCAGCAAGCAGCACAGAUGGCCAAAGAUAUGACCUUUGGAGAUAUCUCCAAACGCAUGGACCUCCGUGCACGGCUUCAGUGCAAGAGCUUCUCCUGGUAUUUGAAGAACGUCUAUCCAGAGGUCUUCUUGCCUGAUCUCAGCCCAGUCCGCUUUGGCUCAGUGAAAAAUGUGGGCAAAGACUCAUGUCUGGAUGCUGGAGAGAACAAUGAGGGGGGGAAACAGCUGAUCAUGUACCCAUGUCAUGGACUGGGAGGAAACCAGUAUUUUGAGUAUUCCACACAUCACGAAAUUAGACACAAUAUUCAGAAGGAGCUGUGUUUGCACGGGGAAGAGGGGGCUGUGAAGCUGGAGGACUGCCAGUAUAAAGGCAGGAAUACAUUUGUAGGAGCAGAGCAGAAAUGGGAAUUGAAGGAUAACCAGUUAUUCCACAUCCCAGGAUGGAACAUGUGUCUGAGUGCCCGUAAUGAGCAUCCUUCUCUUGUCAUCUGCAACCCUGCAGACAGAUACCAGCUCUGGUCCUUCGUUUGA